UCUAAAUCCACUAAACAGUUCUUUGCAGUUUUGUUGUUUUUAUAAUUUCAAGUUGAAUCUUUUUGAUUUUAGUUUUCACAUUGUAUUUUCAAGUUGCUAAAAUGAAUAUCGAUGAAUUGCCUGAUGACUGUUUAUUACUUAUUUUCAAUCUUUUCAAUAACUUUGAGACUCUUCUGAAUUGUUCUGAAGUCUGUAAAAGAUGGGAAAAUUUGGUUUUAAAAAGAUUACACAGUGUUAAAUACUUGACAAAUUCAUCGGAAAGAGAUGCUUAUCCUGCUAAUUAUACUAUGUUCUUUAAAGAAGACGACCCACUAGAGAAGUAUAGAAUAUCAAUAUUGCUUCCUAGACUCAGGAUUCUAGAUAUAGCUGGACGCUUUAAAUUGAAACCAUGGGCGGUUUUUCCAGCCAAAGGAUUGCAAUUUAAUUCAUGGGAUGAAUAUUUGGAAGACUUCACAUUCUAUAUUCCUGGCAUUGAAAUGAUAGCAGCUUCUCAUUGUUAUAAUUUUUUUGCAAAUGAUGUACAAGGACCGAAGCUAACGCAAUUAUUCAUUUCACAUUGCGAUGUUUCUCAGUUUGCCAGUAUUGCUAAAUAUUUUCCGAACUUGAAGCGACUUCAUAUUGAAGACUUAAAUACUUGCUACCCUGACGAAGACAAAUGUUAUACUGGACCUGUUCUUGAAAAGCUAGAGAUUUUGGAAGUAUCUAUAUGCGUAGAAUGGGGAGAUGUCAAUAGAUAUUAUGGACUCAGCCUUGCAGAUCAUUGUCCAGCCUUGAAAAGUGCCUAUCAUGUUAUUCCUGUUGAUGAACCUUACGUCAAUAGUGAGAUUGAAAAUCAUGAUUUAGAAGAUUUAGUUCUGUUGCUUGGAUGUGAUUGGUCAACCUUAAGACGUAUUUUGAGCAAAUAUCCAAAUUUGAAACAUUUGGCUAUCAGAGGAGGCACAUUAAUAACUGAUGAGAAUAUUCCUGAACUUUUAAAGAUACUCCCUUGUAUUAUACUUAUUGACGUCAGAGACUCGGGCAGCGUAACCGAAAAGUCAACUGAAUAUAUUCAUUGGUACUGUGAACACCAUAAUCGUUCAAUUUCACUCUAUUACAAAGAUGACGAAACUGAAAUAAAAAAGAAAUGGCCUAAUUUAUCAACACAACGUGUUCAUAUUGGUCGUGGAUUUGAUUUCAUGAAAUACUGUUUUCCUCUCAAACAUCAUGAAAAUUUACCUUAUUUACUUGAUCCUGAUGAAUAAAAUAAAUGAACAAUUGCAGUUCAUGAACGCUUGAUUGUGAAAAAAUAAUUACAUGCAGACGUUUUGGUUGGAAGAAAGCUUGUUCAAGUAUUUUUUAUCUCAAGCGAACCAAAGCAUCUUAAAUUGAAUAAAAUUCGAUACCCUCGAAAUGGAAUUAAAUUUA